AGAUGCUGAUGUUACGACCAGGACUAUGUUCCUGAGCUCCUGAUUGUUUUAUUACUAGCAGUACGAUGUGUCUGAUAAUUUUUUACUUCCAUCUGCUGCUAGCCCGUGAUUAUUCAAGCAUAUUUGAAUGAAAAGUCAAGAACAACAGAAUCAUGGGCAUUCGUGGUCGUGUACGUUGACAUGGUUGUAUGUUUUCGCGGGCUAGUAGUACCUUCUUACCACGACAAUGGGGGAUCCUCUUGGAGCCGUAGUGCGUAUCACUACUGUGGACAAACGAGUACAUGAAGGGGAGCUUUUCUGGUACGAUAUCAAAACUUCGAGCUUGCUCCUUAAGAAAGACGUCGCCCGACCUACUACAGGAUCUUCGUCAUCAUCAACAAAACCUGGUGUAGUAGCGCCUUUGUCGUCGGAUACAAGGCCAUCUAAAAACCCUGCAGUAGGACGGGAACAAGCGUCAUCGUCGUCAGAUAUGAGGCAAUCAGAAGAUGCUUAAGGCCGGGCAUGAUAUAAGUUCUAUUUUGUCGUUGACCCAGAAUGCACUACAUCAGCAAGAAAGCUGUCCUUCUUGCAAGAUUUUGGUUUAGUACAACUCGUCUCAUAAAACAUCUCGAUGCUUAUGCCAGAAGUAUGUUGACACGGAGUGCAAUCUCAUGACGCUGAAGUUCUCUAAGAGGCUCUGGACCCUCGAGGCACGCACCCCUCUGAAGAAGAUGGGAACGCGGUAAUAAAGUACGCUCAUUUCGUUUGGGUUAGCGAAGACUUCAUCACAGAUGCGCGUGCCACUGCUCGCGCGGCUACCUCUGCGGAGCAAAGUGCUGGGUCCAAAGUGCGGUCUGGCAGAGAGGCACGCCAGAGUGCCCUCCCAGGCAGUAGUUCUAGCAGCUCGGCAUCGCUCGCGUCGGCAUCACGCAAAUGA